UUGUGUUCUUCCCCAAAACACACAUACACACAUACUGAUGAAGCUCCAUUACUCCGGUAACCAUCUUGAUGAAGCACAAUAUGUUCCUAAGAAGACAAGUUCGUCGUUAUCGAUCGCCGCCCACAGCCACCAAAUUGCCACCCACAACCACCAGUGAGGUAGCGUCACUGUAAACAUCCACAACUCCUCCCUUAUGUUCUUGAUUUCUUGUUGAUCGUCCUCUUUCACGUCACUGUAAACAACCCUAUCGCCACCUCCCCCAUCUCCUUCCUUCAUCCCUAUCACUCUUCCCCAAUCAAACCCAAAUUUCUAUUUUGAUCUAGAUUUCUUCACCUUUAUCUGGAAAAAUCUAACCUAAUUUCUUAAUAUUCAUCUAAAAUGGGCAAAUCAGAGAAGAUGUGAAGGAAAGUUUCAUCUACGAGGAACUUGAGUGACAUACGAAGGUUUCCUUAUUUCUUCUUAAGAUUCGAAGGUUUCCAGAUUCAAACAAGUAUUUCGUGUCUAACCAACCUUUUAAUUCGUCUCCGAGGAUUUUAAAAGGCACAGGAUAUAGAACCUUUAAGGGAAGAAACUUGAAUGAAAUGUUGUUGUAUCAAAAUGGAAAAGAAUCCUUUCUUGGAAGACACUAAACAAGUCGACUCCGAUAAAUAUUCUCUACAAGAAUCAUGAAGGUUUGGUUAAUUUCGGAGGUAAUUACUUGAUGAGUUUCGAAUUUUCUUGAAUGAGAUUUCGAUUUGGUUGAACUGGAUGUGUUCAUCGAAGGAGUGAAGGCUGCUCAAAAUGGUUUGAUUGAUGAUUCGAUUCAGAUGGAUGAUAUAAAUAGAUAGUUUCGUUAAUGAUUCGAUCGAAAUGGUCUUGAUCGAAAUCAGUAUGUGUGUUUUGGGGAAGAACACAAUCACGUGAGAGAGAGAUAUUUUCUUUUAUUUUUUAUAUUUUUUUAGUUAGAAAAUAAUUUAAUAACAAAAAGAAAAGCAAAAAACAAAUAGAAAAGAGCAAAUUUGUCAUUUUUAGAUUUUUUAAUUUGAAAAAAAAACCGCAGCAAAAUAAAAACUUUUGGACUGUUACUUGGACCAAAAUUCUUGGACAUACCACAUGUCCUUGCAAUUUUGACUUUCAAAAAAGAGAACAGAAAGGAUUGGCGCUUAAUAUAACCUUCUUCGCUCGUCCCGCUCGCUGCUCUUCAAACUCCGCCGGAGACUCAUCCCGGUCUCUGUAACUCUGCUCCCAUGAGACCCAAGCACCCCCAUCCUUCCACGACACUCACAGCCAUGUCUACAAUCCAAAUAAAUUAUCAAGCUGCCCUUAAUCUUGGAUGUGACCAUGAAAUGCUACAUUCUCUAUAUCAGAAGUUACACAGACCCCUGAGAUUCUUCCGUUGUCAAAAGCAGAUUAAGGAGAAGCUGAAAGAAUUUGAUCAAAAUGGGUUUACUUUUUUGAAGAUGAGGGCUUGCUGGUGGAGAUACUGAAUCUUCCUUAUGCUCCAAGUGGACUGACAAAUAGCAAAAUACUUUGAGUUAUUAAUCCAGAGUACUUUUGGAUGAUCAUUCUGGAAAGUAUUAUAAGAUUAAAUGCAUGAAAUCUUGUCUGAUUACAUGUAAAUUCUGCAAUAUUGUAAGAUUAAGGGAACAGCAAUCUGGCAAGAUUUCAAGUGAAUCUACCAUUAAUUUGAAGUUUAAAAAAGGAACAAAAUAAGAAGAGCAAUAUUUAUUUCAACUUGGGGCAUUCCGAGAAUCGAACUCGGGACCUCUCGCACCCAAAGCGAGAAUCAUACCACUAGACCAAAUGCCCAUGUGGUUUCAUGUGCCAACAAAACAACAACCAAAUCCAACUAGUAAAGUGGUAAGAGGAGGUCAAAUGUAGAUAGUGUAAAAUACCUCCACCCAGGAAGUGAGGAAUCCAAGAUUCAAACUUAUGUGUGUCCGAUUUAAUUGAUGUGACCAAAUAAACAUGUUGAUAGAAGUUGGUUAUUGGGGUCAGGUUGUCAUUUUUUUGAAAACAAU